CCGGAGCCGUAUGGGUAUUUUUUUUUCUUUUUCAGUCUCACACUCACAAUCAUCAUCAUUAUCAUCAUCAUCGUCACCAACAUCAUCAUCAUCACCAGCAGCACCAGCAGCAGCAGCAUCAGCAGCAGCAACAAAAGCAGCCAGAUUAACGCUGACGCAAACCAUCUUCCUGACUCUAAACACAUGGUGGAAAUCUGUGAGUGGAGGCGGAAAACACCGGGAUGCUUCAUGGGCGCUGAUUCCCGAUGACUUCCAUCUUCACAUGUUGUAUCUGAGAUGCACAGCAAACGGAGACUUGGGAGCGGAGUUAAUGCUGCAGGGUGCCGCAUUGCCUGGCCGCUUCUUUAGCGGUACGAUAGUGUAGUGUAGAUUAAUGUCGCGUUUUAAUGGUGAUCGCUGAUCCCCCCCCCAUCUUUUAAGUGGCUGUUCAAGAGCGAAGGGUUUUUUGUCUGAAGUCGGAUACAAAUACAGAUCCUUUAGGGUAGAUAUGCGUUUUGGACCACGAUCGAUAAAAAUGACCGGAUGAAUGUACAGCAAAUUCGUGCUUUAUCUUUCUUUCUUUCUUUCUUUCUUUCUUUCUUUCUUUCUUUCUUUCUUUCUUAAACCACAAAGGCAUCCUCUUUACCAGUGACAGUCAGGUUUGGGAGAAGUAACCUACACGAAGAGAGUGCGUGUGUGUGUGUGUGUGUGUGUGUGUGUGUGGGAUCUCAGGACGGGUUCGUCACUAAAGUGGUGUUUUAUUUAGGACGCAGCAACAAAUUCUAGGAUAGCACUUCUUUUUUCCCUUCGUGUCGGUAAGUGUGCUGGCGCGAUGACUCAUUUACAGGCGGGUUUAUCCGCCGAGACGCUGGAGAAGGCCAAGGCGGAGCUGAAGGAGAACCCUGACACCUUGCACCAGGACAUCCAGGAGGUGCGGGACAUGAUCAUUACGCGGCCCGACAUCGGCUUCCUGCGCACGGACGACGCCUUUAUUCUUCGUUUCCUGCGCGCCCGCAAGUUCAACCACUUCGAGGCGUUCCGUCUGCUCGCCCAGUACUUCGAAUACCGGCAGCAGAACCUGGACAUGUUCAAGAACCUGAAGGCCACAGAGCCUGGCAUCAAACAGGCCCUCAAGGACGGUUUCCCUGGGGUGCUGUCUAACCUGGACCGACACGGCAGGAAGAUUCUGGUCCUCUUCGCUGCCAACUGGGAUCAGAGCAGGUACACCUUUGUGGAUAUACUGCGAGCCAUUUUGUUGUCGCUGGAGGCCAUGAUUGAAGACCCAGAGCUCCAAGUGAAUGGAUUUGUGUUGAUCAUCGACUGGAGUAAUUUCACAUUUAAGCAAGCUUCUAAACUCACUCCAAGCAUGCUGAGAUUGGCCAUCGAGGGAUUACAGGACAGCUUCCCAGCCAGGUUCGGAGGCAUUCAUUUUGUCAACCAGCCGUGGUACAUCCACGCUCUGUACACGGUUAUUCGACCCUUCCUGAAGGACAAAACAAGAAAAAGGAUCUUUAUGCAUGGGAACAAUCUGAAUAGUCUGCACCAGCUGAUCGUGCCAGAGAUUCUGCCCUCUGAGUUGGGUGGCAUGAUGCCCCCCUAUGACAUGGGCACGUGGGCCAGGACUCUGCUUGACCACGCCUAUGAUGAGGAGACUGACUACUGCCCUGAGUCCUAUACCCUUUCUGUUAAAGACCUGGAGAAAGAUCUGUCCCCGAAAAGCAUGAAACGGUCCCAGUCUGUUGUGGAGCCUGGAGUUCUUAAACGGCCAGAAAAGAUCAAAAGCGAAGAGGAGAACAUGCAGCCACUUCUUUCACUGGACUAAAAGGCUUUUUUUUCUUAGCAAUGAGCAAACAUCAAGGCCUGGAC